CUGUUGUCCUGGGGGCCUGAGGAGGAGUGUUCUGGAGGCAGCACAGAAAGCUCUAUGUCCAGCAGAGGGCCCUGCCCAGCCUGUGGCCGGUGGGGAGGGAGGGAGCAGCUCGAGGCCACUGGAGCAGGCUGGCGAAGCCAGACGCCUGACUGGGGGCGGACCAAGCGGCCAGCUGCCUCUCUUGAGUCCACCGGGCACUGGGUUCCCGGCCCUUACCUGCUUUCCGUGGGGCAGCUGCCUCCUGCUCGCCCGGCCAUGUGGUGGCUGUGGCCUCUGGCCAUCUCUCUUGCUGUGGUGUCCCCUGCGGGGCUGAGCAGAGUCUCUGGGGGUGCCCCCCUGCGCCCCGGCAGGCACAGAGCCGAGGCCCCUGAGCAGCAGAGCCGGCCCAAGAGAGGCACCACGGACGAGCAGGACAAGGGGCUACAGCAGUACGUGCCUGAGGAGUGGGCAGAGCGCCCCCCGCCCCUGCACCCCGCUGGCUUGCCGCCCACCAAACCCUUGGCCACCAGCCCCCACCCAGACGUGGAUGGGGGAAGCCCGGGCAGCGGGUCAGAGCCCUGGGGCAACCUGACGGGGACGCCGGGGCAGAGGCUGAGGAUGGAGAACCCCCUGUACCCGGUGACUGAGGGCUCCUACGGCGCCUAUGCCACCCUGCUGCUGGCCCUGGUGGUGUUUGCCGUGGGCAUCGUGGGCAACCUGGCCGUCAUGUGUGUCGUGUGGCACAGCUAUCACCUGAAGAGCGCCUGGAACUCCAUCCUCGCCAGCCUGGCCCUCUGGGACUUCCUGGUCCUCUUCUUCUGUCUCCCUGUCGUCAUCUUCAAUGAGAUCACCAAGCAGAGGUUGCUGGGGGACAUCUCUUGCCGGGCCGUGCCCUUCGUGGAGGUCUCCUCCUUGGGGGUCACGACCUUCAGCCUCUGCGCCCUGAGCAUCGACUGCUUCCACGUGGCCACCAGCACGCUGCCCAAGCUGCGCCCCAUCGAGCGGUGCCAAUCCAUCCUGGCCAAGCUGGCUGUCAUCUGGGUGGGCUCCAUGAUACUAUCCGUCCCCGAGCUCCUGCUGUGGCAGCUGGCGCGGGAGCCGGGCCCCAGCACGGGCACCGUGGACUCGUGCAUCAUGAAGCCCUCGGCCAGCCUGCCUGAGUCCCUCUACUCGCUGGUGAUGACCUACCAGAAUGCCCGCAUGUGGUGGUUCUUCGGCUGCUACUUCUGCCUGCCCAUCCUCUUCACCGUCACCUGCCAGCUGGUGACGUGGCGCGUGCGUGGCCCCCCGGGGAGGGAGCCGCCGUGCCGGGCGGGCAAGCACGAGCAGGGUGAGACGCAUCUCAACAGCAGUGUGGUGGGGCUGACCGUGGUCUAUGCCCUGUGCACCCUCCCGGAGAACGUGUGCAACGUGGUCCUGGCCUAUCUGUCUCCCGGGCUGACCCGCCAGACGCUCGGCCUCCUGGGCCUCAUCCAGCAGUUCUCUGUCUUCUCCAAGGGGGCCGUCACCCCGGUGCUGCUGCUGUGCGUGAGCAGGCCGCUGGGCCAGGCCUUCCUGGACUGCUGCUGCUGCUGCUGCGAGGCCUGCGGGGCGGGGGCGGCCGCCGGCGCCGACAGCAAGCUCAAGACGGAGAUGUCAUCCUCCAUCUACUUCCACAAGCCCAGGGAGUCGCCCCCGCUCCUGCCCCUGGGCACUCCGUGCUAAGGCCAGGCCCCAGCGGGAGGCCUGGGACAUGGCAAGUGCGGCAGCGAGCGGGGCCACCCCAGCCCUCCCGGUGUUUCUGCCCCCAUAGGUCUGGCGAGUGGACGGGUCGUCCUGUUGGGGUCCGGGUGUGUCCAAGCCCCAACCCCAGCAGGGCCUGCCUGUCCUCUCGCUGGUGGGCAGCAAAGCUUCUAGGUCUUUAGAACUGCCCAGAAACUGUCCCAGCAGCUGGGAAGCAGAACUCGUGCAGGUCCCGGCCCCGCCGCCGCCUCUGCCUGGAGCCCGAGCACACUUUAGUUGUGUCCUGUGUAGGCCUGGUCUCCCUGCCCCCACCCAUCCUGGAAUGGGGCUCCCUGGACUCUUCCUCCUCCUGGUGCCGUCUUUCCCAGGGCUUCUCUCCCACCUCCCCCUCUGAUGGACCCUGGGUUGUCUUCUCCUACCCCAUGUUAGCUGCACACCCCCAUAGAAGGCCUUUUUUGUAAAACAAUAAACUAGGUGGAACUACCCCUGUGCCCACUGGACUUACUUGGGUCACAUCCUGGCAGCGCCCACAUGCACCUGGGCCUUCCCAGGUGGGUGGUGCCGCUGCCUGUCCCCUGCCGGCUCCCACCCUGCCCCCCACAGCUCCUCCCGCUGGUCCUGCCUUGGGUGUCCCACCACCUCCCGCCCCCCUUCCGGUCUCCCUCUGGGUCUCCUCCAAAAGCUUCCUUAGCCCUGUGUGGGCCUAGAGAACUGGUACGAUGUCCAUCAGAAGGGACACUCAGCCUGGGCCACCAGCCACUCCCUGCCCCAUAAGCCCAGCUUUCUGCCUAACCACCCAGCCUGUCUGCACCAUGGCUCUGGGGCCCACCCAGGACAGCUGCAUGGGGCCCGGCUGGUGAGGGGCAGAUGCCAGGGCCCUGGGCAUCACUCUCCUCCUUCCACCCCACCCCGCCCCCCCUUGGCCUCAGCCUGCCCUGUACCCAAACCUCCUCCCGCCUCUCCCAGGAUCUUAACAGCCUUGUUCUCACUCCCUGGAACCCACCCCCAGGCUGGUGAUGCCAAGAGGGAGGGACGCUGUUGCCAGGUGAUGGCUGCCCGGGCGGGCCCUCUGCUGGGGAGGGACACCCACCCAUUUCUCAGCAGACGUGUUGCCACAGUGACUGCAGUCCCAGCUUUGUCUGUAGAAACUUAAAUGGGGGGGCAGCUUGGACAGGGGUCCAAAAGCUGGCUUGCCACUUUUUCACCCCCGCGGCCUCUCUACCACCCCCCACCCGC